AUGCGAGCUCGAACCGCCUCGGCCGCCGGGCUGCUGCUCACGCGAUCAACCACCUCCCCGGCCUCCGUGUGCUCGCGAUGCCUCCGCGAUGAUCUCCUCUCGUCCGCGUCUCCUUCUACCCUUCAAUCGCGCAAAUACCACCCCACAAGACGGCGCGAUGCGUCGCAAUUUGGCGCCGCCAUUUCCGUGGCCCAAACCUUGAUCAAGGGCAUGCCCAAGGCGUCGCCCGGCGUCUCGGUCGACCCGUUGCGCAUCGUCGGCAAAGAGUUGAAGUUUAUGAGCAAGAACAUUCGUCAAUUGCUGGGAUCUGGACACCCGGCUCUCGAUAAUGUUGCCAAGUACUACACGCGUAGCGAAGGCAAGCAUAUGCGGCCAUUGCUGGUCCUUCUGAUGUCCCAGGCCACGGCGAUAGACCCUCGCAAACUUCCGGCCGACCAAUCUCCCAACAAAAAACCCGUCGAUAGUCCUCUUAGCUCUUUUUCCAUUCUCGACGACUCAAAUCCCGACUUCAACCCGCUUGUUUCCAAGUCGACCGAAAGCCACCAGUACAAUGUCUCCGGGGACGAGAACAUUCUUCCCUCGCAGCGUCGGUUGGCCGAGAUCACCGAGCUCAUCCACACUGCCUCCCUCCUCCACGACGAUGUUAUCGAUAACGCGGAGACCCGCCGCGCGAGCAGCUCCGCAAAUACCGCGUUCGGAAACAAGAUGGCCGUGCUGGCUGGUGAUUUCCUGCUUGGCCGGGCCUCCGUGGCUCUGGCCCGGUUACGCGAUCCCGAGGUUACAGAGCUGAUGGCCACGGUCAUUGCCAACCUUGUGGAGGGUGAGUUCAUGCAGUUGAAGAACACGGCUCAGGAUGAGGCGAAACCGGUCUAUAACGACGACAUUCUGCAGUACUAUCUGCAGAAGACCUAUCUGAAGACCGCCAGUCUGAUCAGUAAGUCUUGCCGCUCUUCAGCUGUGCUGGGUCGGUGUGCCCCUGAGGUUGUCGAGGCUUCAUAUGCCUAUGGCCGGAACUUGGGACUGGCAUUCCAGCUUGUAGACGAUAUGCUGGAUUACACCGUCACCGCGGCAGAGAUGGGCAAGCCCGUCGGCGCUGAUCUGGAGCUAGGUCUGGCCACCGCUCCUCUCUUGUUUGCAUGGAAGAGUAACCCCGAGCUGGGUCCUCUUGUCGGCCGGAAGUUCAGUGAGGAGGGCGAUGUACAGAAGGCCCGUGAACUCGUUCACCGUAGCAACGGUGUUGAACAGACACGUCAGCUGGCCCAGGACUACGCUGACAAGGCCGCUGCUGCCAUCGCUGAUUUCCCCGAGGGCGAAGCCAAGGCAGGUCUGCUUGAGAUGUGUGAGAAGACCAUGCAGCGCCGGAAGUAG